AUGGUUGAAGCGCGGCCUUCCGCACCGGAUGUGCGCGAGCGAUACAUCUCCGGACCCAGGCGUCUCGGAUCCUAUCGAGUUCAGAAAGCCGGUCAACAGAAUGCAGAAACCUGUGACGGCGCACGGAGCCAAGGCAUUUUCGGUUUCAUCAAAAAAUCACGCAAAGAAGCUACGGAGGUCCCCUUGUCUGUGGCUCCUGCUUCCACGCUCAGUUCUCAGCAAGAGGGAAACUCUGAUGCUAUGUCGCUGCGCACGUUUGCCAUGGUCGGUCGAGGUGCCUCGGAUCCUUUGCUGGCGGAGAAAACCACGCCCAGCACGCCAGAACUCUCGUCUACUCCACCUCCGCUUCCCCCCAAGGAUCGCACGUACGACACGUAUCGGGUGCGUACAGUGGACUCGUCCUCAAGCUCUUCGUACGGGUCGCAAACUGCGACCGUCACUCCGUCUUCAGUUCGAUCGGUUUCUAUGGACUCGGCAGACGCGAUUGUACCGGGUCGCCCGACCAACAGGAAUGCAGAGGAUCGCCAAUCGGUCAAGAGCUUGCAUACGGAAAUCUCGGUUGCCGGAGAGUCUACGGAGUCCUUGCCGUCUACUCCGGACCUGACGAGAAACCUGUCGAUGAUGCUCAAGCAGCUAGUUACGCUCGGUCGCGAGAUCAAAGAGAGUCGGAAGCAGGAACGCGUCCUUGUCGCACAGCCUGGUCUCCCUAAGGUCAUCGUCACUCCUCCAACAGACCCAAUCCCAGAUGGCGAAGACGAGCUAGCUUCUCCUGUGGACUUUGAGCGCUCCUCUCUGAACGCUGAUACGGAUGGCGCGCACCAAGGUAUGAGUAACACCCCAUCUAACAAUGACCCAACCUUCGACGGCGCUCCUUCGUCCAACGUGUUACCCCUUGAAACGCAAGAACUUUCUAGAAGCAACAGUCCGGCGAUCGACGGACGCCACUCAUGCACGCUGGCGAUUCCGGAUGUCAACUCGCUACGCCCUUCGGCUGUCGACCUCGUCCUGGAGUCUCACGAGCCCAGCGCGACCGUGCAAUCGGCACCAUCUGUGACGUCAAUGGAAGCCAUCGAUUGGGACUCGUUGCCCCUUCAGCCCACCUCCCGCUUUCCUCGUCUGCGCUCAUUGGCUUGCUUUUGA